AGCAACGAACAGAGCAAGAGAAGACAGACCCUUCUGGUGUUGAUUUAAAAUGUCUCAAGCCUCUAAAUUGACCUUGAUGGCCACGUCCCUUACCACAAUGGGCAUCGUUUACUUUGUGCACUGGUCACAGGAGCAGGAGAAAGCUGCCAUGCACAGGGGAGUCGAGCGGGAUAUGGAGAAACAACGCAUCCGCCAGGAACGACAAGCCGAAUUCGAGCUACAGAGGAGGCUUGAAGAAGAAUACAAGAAGCUAGGAAAUAGCAAGAAGAUGGUGGAAAAUUAGGAAUGAGAUAAUCCUCUUCCUUGAACUCAAAAUUUCUCCUGGGGCGUGAUUUUGUAAUCCCUCACUUGACAUGGCCAAUUGUGGUCCUACGACGC